AUGAAUAGUGCUGCAGAAUCUGGACUAAGGUCAAGAAAUAUUGGUAAGAGAAAUUCUCGUCGUAAUCGAGUUCAUUAUCAUCACGAGCCAAAGUAUUCACUACCAAUUCAUAUCACCCAAAAGUCAUGUGCUAAAGAAAAAUUUUUUCCACCACCUAUUUUGCAUACAAAAAUUCAUCAACUAGAUGCUAAUUCACUGAACGUUUCUGGUGUUCUCGAAAAAGAAGAAAAGAGUAAAUCGCCGUCACUGCUAAAAGAUUUGGCAAACAAAAAGCUGUCUUCUACAAAGAUUCCUGUAUUAUUUGCGAAUCAGAAAUGCUCACCUGCAUUAGUAUGCUUAAGAGGGAAAGUAUCAUCAGUCUCAAGUGCUUCAUCUGGGGUUGGUUCUGUUUCCGAAGAUGACUAUGAGAUAGAUAUGGAGAAGUCAGAAACUAGUGAGCAGCAGUCAGCAAAAAAGGUUAAUUCUGAAGAAGUUUCAAUUCGGAAAGAGCCAGCCGAGCACUUCGAGAAGCGGAAAACGAAAAGUUUAGACUGCAGUGUUGAGUGUGAAAGUUACACAAAUACGGGGCCCUUCGAAACGGUCUUCGAAGUGGAAGAGGGCGCUAAUAAUUGCGCACUUGAUCAGUCAGAAGAAGUCUCCCACUGUGCUAGGGAACCAUCAUUGCAGCGUAAGAAAAAGCACAAGUUCUCCUUGGUGAGGUCUUUUCAGAAAAUGCGUGAUCGAGCUCUUUCCUUGCCUGCAAUCAGUGUCGCUAAACUGUCUAGAAGUAAGUGUGUUUAA